CUCUGAAUAUCGCAGAGUAGUUGAUGGUGCAGGAUCCACAAGCACGAAUACAUCGAAGAAGCGUCGAUUUGACAUGUUAGACAGAACCGUGGCGGCAUUAGACCCCGUACAAUUGUAUCGAAAGCGCGCGUUUGACCGCGAAAACCAAAGACAGUCCCGGCUGCGGAAAAAGGGAAAGCUUGAAGACUUGGAGGCAGAGGUCAAGGAUUUGAAAGAGCGCCUGCGAGUUGCGGAAGAAACUGCCGAGCAGCUGCGGAAACAAAAUGCAAGUCUCCAAGAAGCGGUGCGCUGUGCUUUGUCGACAUUGCAAAAUGCCGUACACGAAGGAGACCCCGAGCCUUCGCCAGAGACCACGUCUCUGGCGUCCAACAACGCGGUUCAAGACGGAACUCCAAUGGUGAGCAAUCAGGAUCUGUACAGCAUCACGCCGGUGACGACUUUACCUGAUGCUGAAGGUCAGAGUCAGCACAGUUCUCCAACUAGCAUCUACCCGUUCCAGGUCGAUCUCGAGAAUGUCGAAGUUGCCCAGCAAAUGGAGGGAUUCUCGUUCUCUUUACCUCUUGACAGCUGGUUCGAGAUGCCAAAUGCGCUUCACGAAGAAGCUACAGAUCCAGGAUACGCUCCAGCGAACGCAUUCUCGCUCACCCUGCUGGACUGCACCAAUCCAGUCUUGGGCUCCGUGCCGGAUGAAAGCAUCCAACUUGUUGAUAAGGAUCCUGCCGUGGAGACGCAGAGCCUGCCGACAUGGAGGCGGCUACCAAUUCAUACCCCUCCUGACUCCAAAAUCGAGGCUGUCAUGCUUGGUUUAACAAAGUCAUGCGGACAGCACGUCCAGAACAGUUCGCACAUAGAAGAGCUGUCGGAACCCACGUUUCCGAGCGUGGCCUCCUUGCUGAACCCGGAGACCAAAAACGCGAAGAAACCAGUUUCAAGUGCUAUCGGGAAUCACGGCAAAAUGACGAUGAAGUGCCCAAGGCUGGCGGAGCGCGUGGCUCUGAUGUAUCUGAUGUGCAAUUAUGUCAGGUGGCUAGUUCUACCAUCGAAGCAAACGUACGAAUCGAUGCCUCAGUUUUUGCGACCUACAGAAGCUCAAUUGAGCAUUCCACACCCUAUUUGGAUCGACCUCGUGCCUUGGCCCGGAGCAAGAGACGUUCUCAUAAAUGAGAUGGACUGGUCACAGUUUGAGUUGUUUCGCUCCGUGACAGGAGCAACACAUUCUGUGAACUGGUGGUAUAGAGAGGAGGAUAUUUUUCUGAGCGUGGCUGGAAACGAGCUCAGAUUGAGCCCACUUUUUGAAAAACACAUCCGCGACAUUAAAAACUAUUCAUGGUCAUCCAAUGUAACUGAAGUAUUUCCUUUUCUCGAACCCUUUGUUACCAAAGAGAGGUCUACCUGGUAA